AUUCCACGUCACCCACCGAGGGUGAUUUUCGACUAGGAUCUUUCAUUUGCUUUUGAAAUUUCCACGUGUCACGUUAAUGGCACUUUCGCUUCUUUUCGCGGCCACAUCUGGCAGCCUAUACUGCUAUAAACAAUACCUUUUCAUUCGGAAACAUACGAGUCUGAUGUAUCCCCGCUGUACUGAUACAGAUAUGCAUCAGAAAAUAAUGGCAGAACGCACGGGUACAUGUAGAGAAUACAUACUAUGUACUGUAGACGUUACUAGUAGGAAUAACAGGAUAAGCGAAUAAUGUGCUAUAGCAUGAUGCUGGUGUAUACAAAUGCAAUUAAUCGAGAUACCGACCUUUUUCUUCUAUUGACUAGUUUUACUAUUCUACUCCGUAUUUUACCCUUUUAUCAAACUGUUUCGCCUUUGUCAAGCUUUCUAACAAGCACAUUCAAAAUAAGAUGUAUUGUAUUAGAGCCUGUAGUAGUAGCAUGAAUCUAUUUUUAUCACUCGUUGUCGUCAUUGUCGGUUGUAGUAAAAAUACAACUGGGGAUGACGACGAUGAGGGUGUGAAUUUAAUUGUUAGCGAGAAAGUAUAUUUG